AUGUCUCCAAAUUGGAGGCUGUCCUGUCGGAGCAGUCCUACGUCGCGGGCUUCAGGCCCUCCAGACAAGACCGGGAUCUCUACGAGAAGAUGCAGAAGGAAACAGGCUGCCCCACAACACCAUCUUUGGGCAGAUGGUACAGGCACAUCGAGUCCUUCUCCAAUGUGGAGCGUAUGGCGUGGCAGUAGAUCGCAGACAAAAAGCCUUAAGACCCACACGCAUGUACAGUGCACAGCGGUGUGCGGAAAAUCAUCUUCGGCAGGUCAUUUCGUGCUGCGGCGAGAUGCCAUAACGUGA